UGUGCAACCUGCACACAAAGGAAAGCUAAAAUCCAUACUCAAGCUUCCAAGAGUCCUACUUCCACGAUAGAUUUGCAGUCUGGGUCCUCCCAGUCCCCUGCUCCUGUACAAGUCUACAUCAGGCGAAGACAACGCAACAGCCCUGACCUGGAAGAAAACACAAUAAUUAGAGCACCUGGACACUAUGAAUCCAUUCAGGUUCACACCCUAUCAAAGAGUGACUCUGAAAGCACUCAGAAUGAGAAAAGGGCUAAAGUGAGAACCAAAAAGACCUCUGGUUCAAAAUAUCCAAUGAAUAGAAUGACCAAGGGACUUAGAAAACACGGAAAGUUCUACACAAGCAGUAGAACCACAAUAGAAAGUCCCUCUGGGGAAUUACCAGCCCAUUUAAGAAGGAAGACGAUUGGAGCAGCUCAGACAAGUACCGCCUCCUUAAAAAGACAACCUAAGAAACCCUCCCAACCCAAGUUCAUGCAACUGCUUUUUCAGGGCCUAAAGCGGGCAUUCCAAACAGCAUACAGAGUUAUAGCUUUUGUUGGGCAGAAGUCUGGGGACAGGACAAUCCCAGACAAUUUGUGGGCAAGCAAAAACUAUUAUCCAAAGCAAAAUGCCAGGGACUACUGCUUACCCAGCAAUAUCAAAAGAGACAGGAGGUCAGCUGACAAGCUAAUGUCAGCAGGCUCAACCAUUAAGCAGGAGGACAUAUUGUGGGAAGGGACAGACCAGUGCAGUUCAGCUCAACAGCCAAGAAGAGCUCACUCUUUCCAACCCAGACCUCUUCGACUGCCCAAGCCUACAGGUUCCCAAAGUGAUAUCACUUUCCAACCUGCCUCAGUGGAGCAGCCUCUGGGAACUGUCCAAAAGGACGGUAGUAGCAGAUCAAAGAAAAAUGAAAUCUCCAGCCAGGAGUCUAAGAACUUGACACCAGGAACCAGAGUUCAGGCCCAAGGAAGAAACCUACCUGGUUCCCCUGUGAAGAGAACCUGGCACCGACACCUUAAAAAGAAACUCACACACGAGGAGCAAAACCACCCCAGCUUCUAUAGGGAGAGAACCCCACGCAGUCCUUCUGAGAGAACUCGUCAUAGCCGCUCUUGGAGAAGCCAUCACAGUCCCUCUGAGAGGAGCCACCACAGUCCCUCAGAGAGGAGCCGUCACAGUCCUUCAGAUAGAAGAUUUCGCAGUCCCUCUCGGAGAAAUCAUCUCAGUCCCCAGGAAAGAAAUCUUCACAGUGCUGCCCUUUCCAGCCUUUUUUCCUGCUCAGCCAUUGCCUCCAGUUCCUGCGCCCCCAGCGUGGAAAGGCUUCCAUGUCUCUCUACGGGGGGUGGUGUGUGAGAAUCGUCUGUAAUUUCUGUAAUAAAGCGGCAGUAACUGA